GCAAGGCGGCAUUCGUGCGUUGAACACCGUGCUGCUCGCACGCGCGCCUGUAUCGCAAACAGGUACAAAAUUAUCGCCGGCAACACCUAGUUUAUUUGUGCCUUAUCGUGUUCAUUACGUCCUUUUUUUCGACAUUGUUCCAACGAGAUGCACUUAUCAUGACGCGCUAGGGCGGGAUGUGAUAUGGACUGCUUUAUCGCUGCUCUUGAGAUUGAAUGUUCUUGACAUUGGUAGCAAGCGAUCUCGCGUGAAAUUCGUUUCGAAACCCGAAAAUAAAAGUCGAAAGAUCACCUGGAUUGUUCAAAUCUUUGAUCGAUCUGCAACGAAAAGAGAAACGGAAGAGGAAACGCUAAGUUUCACGCGUCAGUGACUAAAAAGGUGAUUUAUCCAGUGACUCCAGAGUGAAGUGAUCGUGUGAGUGAAAGACUGGUGUACUCGUGAUGUCACGUGUGCCAUAACGUGUUCGUUUUGAGUUAGGACUUAGAAGAAAAACUGGAGGUCGACACGUAUGAGGUGUCAGUUGUCGUCCAGCUGACAACAGAUGUCAUCCCGAUCGAAGACGGGAUGUCGACCGAUGGGUCGACAACGGAUAUCAACGUAUUGCUCAACGACACCGAGUCAGAUCUCACCAGCCUAUCGCAUGUUGAUGCGCCGAGUGAUGCGAAUUACAUGAUAUGCGGCGUCGUCAUCGCCAUGGCCCUGGUUGGGCUCAUCAUAGUUCUGUUGGCCCUCACAAUAAACAAGCUGCGUAAGCGAGAGGAGCACUCUGCUUCGGUGCAUCCUGCUGAAGUGAUCCAAGCUACCCCGGCGCCGCCACCGGAACCACUCGCCUUCCGCCAGCAGCCGCUGUGGCAAUUCCCUCCGCCGCUGCCUCCGCCUUACGUCUAUCAUCACGAUCAGGACAACCUAAUGCAGCCUAUCGGAAACGAGCGAGCGAGUUUCCGCAGCCUCCGUAAGAACAUCGGUGGUCGCUGGAAGCGUCUUGUGAAGAAGAAGCCUGAACAGGAGGUGUACACGAUCCCGCCCGAGCUAAAGCCUCAGCUCAAACAAAUUUACGUGUAUUAACCCCAUGGAAGCAACACAAAUACUUAGUUAAUUAAAACUGAAGCUGGCUCUUUCCACUGAUAUGUAUCUAUGACUUCAACCCUCGUGGUUGUAAUAUCAUUAAUAUUAUAUUGUUCUCGAAUAUCAAAAAUUUAAUCAACGCACGGCUCUCAAUAGCCAUAUCUUUAAACAUAUCGUUUCGACCAAUAUAUUUGUAUUAAUUGAAUUGUAAUGUAUUCCUUCAUUCAGCACCAUUGUGAUGUAAAGCUUAGGUUUGUAUUAUUAAGUAUUAGAACACUGAUGUUUGUGAGUGCUGAUUCGCUGCAGAGGCCUGAAUGUAGUGUGAAGUGUUCGUGAUAGUCAAAUGAAUUAGGUAGUAAUUAUUAAUUUAAUGUUAUGAAUGAGAUACCUAUUAGGAAGAUGCGGUCGCGCAUACUAGUGACGAGAAUCCAAUAAUUAUGAUAUAAAAUUAUGAUGCCUUGUUAAUAUAAUUUUGACUAAUUAGGGCAUUUCGUAGUUCAUUAACUUAUUGUAGACAUGAUCGUAAUGUUAAGAGAACAUCGAUCAAAUAGUUUUGUGAAGAAUAUUAUACACGUGGAUGUAUUUGUGUCUAAGAACAGAAAUGAUAUUGUAAAACAGCUUAUGGUUUGCUACAGUAUUUUUAUAUCAUUCAUUUGUGUUGUGAGUGAGACUGAACAACGGUACAAUUUAACGUAACGUGACUCUUGACUAGAAAAAACAAAACAAUAUUUUCUGAUAUUAAAGUUUCAAAAUUUAUUGUUGAAUUAGAUACUUACACAAUUUCACAUUUUAAAUUAUGAAUGACCUACUUAGUUAUAAAGGUUACGUUACUGCAUGCUAUGUAGAGUAAUUUCAGAUUUUCGCCGGGUCCUUGCUGUGAUGUAAUGGAAUUAGAAGGAAUAUUUAAGACCAUUGACGUAAACAUAUCGAAUUUCAGAUUUGCCUUAACCAUGUCAAUUAAUCGUAGAAGGACCGACGGUCGAGAAUUUAGAUAGCUCAUAUUGAGCCUGAUAUUUGAUGAAUUAAGUUGAUAGCUGUUAGGUACAAUUCAGCCAUGAUUAUUUUGUUAAAUUCUAACUGUUGACAAAAAAUGGACCAUAAAGUUUAACAGUAAUUUUUAACAGCAUGAAACGUUACUUUUGUUUAGAAAAUGUAAUCUUUCGUUGAAAUAAUGAAAAAUAAAUUCCAUCGUGAUAA